UCCAUUCUCCCUCUCAUUUGCUAUCCAUCCAUCAAUCCAACCUUCACCUUCCUCCUACAAUUCCCUCCUUCUUCUCUUACUCUCUUUACAAUUCACUCACACUCAAAUUGUUCUCUAAAACUUUAUUUAGUACUAAUAAACCAAAGUAUUGGUGUAAGAUCAUACUUGAUCAACAAUUAUCAGAAGAAUGACGCAGAAGAUUAUAGUUUCCCUGGAUCUACACGACGACAGAUGCAAACAGAAGGCUAUGAAAUCAGUUUCUGGACUUUCAGGAGUUGAUUCGGUAUCGAUAGAUAUGAAAGACAAGAAAUUAACAGUAAUUGGAGAUGUUGAUGUAAUCCUAAUUGUGAGCAAACUAAGAAGACACUGUCAUACGACGAUAGUUUCAGUUGGGCCAGCUAAAGAACCAGAAAAGAAGAAGGAAGAACCGAAGAAAGAGGCUACUAAUCAAAUAGUUGAUCUUGCUUAUGCUUACAGAGCCUAUAAUCCUCAUAUGAACACAUAUUAUUACCAGAGUGUAGAAGAAAAUCCUAAUGCUUGUGUUAUUUGUUAAUAGGUUAAUUGUAGUUCUUAAAUUGGUUUAAUUAUUGAUUUAAAAUCUUGGGUUUACAUCCAAUAUACA